CUUCGGAACCCCUUGCGUAUUGUUGUGCGGGAAAAGGAUGCACCUGUCAAGAAGGGGAAGAAGUUAGCCCUCCAGCAACGGACUCCUUCAACUCUCGAAAACUUCUUCCUGGUUGUCGAACCGAACGAUAAACUGGCUCUCCUGGUAUCGUUUCUUCGUGGUCACGCAGAAGAAAAGAUGCUUGUCUUCUUUGCAUCCUGCGCCGCCGUUGAAUACUUUACCAGGCUUUUUAGACAAGGGUUGCUGCCCAAAAGUCAGGCAGCCCUCGUCUACGGUCUACACGGUCGGAUGCGACAGAAACGCAGUAGUGAAUAUGCGGCCUUUCGCGAUGCACAAAAGGGUGUUCUCCUAUGCACGGAUGUCAUGGCUCGCGGUAUCGAUAUUCCCCACGUUAAUUGGGUCAUUCAGUGGGACCCUCCAUCAAAAGCAAGUUUCUUCGUCCACCGGUGUGGUCGAACCGCUAGGUGUGGCACUGCCGGUCGCGCGGUCCUUUUUCUCAGUCCAAACGAACUCACCUACAUAGACUUUUUGAAGAUUAAUCAGAACGUGAGUUUCCACCGAGUUUUCAUACGCUGCGCCUCGCCAACUGCAAUUCGUUCAUUUUUGGUUAUUAAGUCCAGAGCUCAAGCCCCGGGUCAGCUCUUACCUCCCAUUGGUUUGGCUUAUAUAUAG